AUGGUUAUUGUCUGGCUGUAUAUGAUUGUAGGGCUUUACCCCGAAGGGAGCCCUUCCAGAAAUUCUCGAAGGCCCAAGACAAGCUUAGGCCCAGGAGGGGGUUUGGAAAUAGUUUUCAACCAGCAAUAGACGCGCCUCGGUUAGUACCUCAUUAGCUGCGU